GGCUUACAAUGGCUAAUCGGUAAGUCAGUUGUGUUUGCGCUUAUCGAAAAUAAAAUAAAAACAACAUAUUGGAAGUAUUUCCAAAUAAUACACAUAUCUGGCGAUAAGGAUCGCCAACUGAUAAGUCCAACAGUUUAAUAGCCACUCAGCCCCAGCUAUUUGCGGAAAUAAUGGCAAACUCUGGCCAUGGCUGCGGCAGUUCGCAUUCUACCAACGUUCCAGCCAGCUGCUCUGGGCAGCCCUAGCAGCGUUCCUCAAGCGUCGUCAACGUCGAAUCCAUCCCGCCGGCAUGCGCGACACCAGCUCCAAAUGCUGCUGCCAGCCACUGCUGGAUGAGUUCCAGUGCUCCAAGUUCUCACUGGAACACGCUCAGCCCGCCGACUUCUGUCGAUCGCAGUGGCAGCGUGGCGAUCGCUCCUUCAUCUGGCUGAUCUAUCGUUGGCUUUUGGUUGCCUUCUUUGCUGGUGGCGUCAUUGGCAGCCUUGUGAAUUCAUUUACCGGCGGCAAGUGGUUCAUCUAUCUCACCGACUGGGGUUUCACCUUGUGUCUCUUUGCUUGCGCCUACAGCGCUGUGGUAGCCACCAUAUACUUUAUAAAGCCCAGCUAUUUUGCAUCCAGCAGUUGGGCUCUUAAGAUAUAUUGGGGCUCCCAUUUUACGACCACGGUGUUGGCCAUGAUGAUAACACUGGUGUUUUGGGUGGCACUCUAUCCCUCCAUGUCUGAUGGACCCGUUGGCCUAUACAACCUGUGGGCGCAUGCAUUCAAUUCGGUAUGCAUGAUGUUCGAUUGCUUCAUGGUGGCCUUUCCCACGCGGCUGAUGCACUUCAUCUAUCCACUGAUAGCGGGCCUGCUCUACGGUUUAUUCUCGCUCAUCUACUUUUGGGCAGGCGCUUUGGCAAUCGCGCUAUUUACUUCAUUCUGGACUGGGAGCGACCGGGUUUGGCCAUUGGCAGCGUUUGUGGUUGCAUUGUGUUGGCCCUGCUCUUCUGCAUAGUGAUCUUCUGGAUCUAUAGAUUAAGGAUAUGGAUGUACGAGCGCUGCGUGAAGCCGGAAGCUGCAGAAGUUAUGCAAACCAGAGCGGCAACCUCCAAGGAUACCGUUCAAACCGUUUAAGUAAUAAGCUUCAAAAUAAAUUAUAAAUUCCUU